GUGUUAGUAGGGAUUGUCAUUCUCUGUCCAACAAACGUUCAAGCGCGACGGUCUGGAAGCUCGACGCCGGUGCUACUUGCACCUUGUCCGUUUGGCGAGAUCUUUGUUGAAGCACACGACGUCUGUACCGGCUUAUCUACCGCACCCGCUUCCUCCCGGGUCUUUCAAGCUGCAUACAGAACACGCCGUUGUCAUCGCUCAGUUCGUUGGCUAUAUCUUGUACCCUCUUCUCGGAACUCCAACGGCUACCUUGCCGGAUCUCGGAUCACGGGUUUGUUUUAUUUGGGCCGUUCCGCAAGAACUAACACUACUUCUCUUCGGGCAGUGGUACUGCUAUCACGUGUGUUGAGCUGGGAAGGACUUUGCGCUUAAAAACACGCCUUCCAGCCAGUGGACCUCGUCACAAGUCGUCUUCGACGCAUAUCUUGCUUUCUCAAGCUCCAUUGCCGUCAUCAUGACUCCCACACCACCAUCUACGACACCCUCCUCGGGGUCGGGCCGCUCUCCUGAGGAGCAGUUCCGGGUCGUGAGGAAGAGGAACAGAGUCCCCCUCAGCUGCUACCCCUGUAGGACGAGGAAAUUGUGAG